AUUAAAAAUGUAAUGCAGGCAAUCAAUGGAAACGUUGUUAAUUUUAAAUGAAAUUGAUUUAUACAACUGUAAGGACAGUUUGCACAGUUUAUGAAAAAGUCUAAAUGACUUGUGUCCAAACGUUAUUUUAUGGACUGAUAUAUCUGGUUUUAGGAAUAAAAGAAUGUCUUGCUGGUGAUGUGUGUAUUGAUGAAGGGGAUGCUAUCUACUGUAGCAGUGGCUGUUGUGGCUCCUACAAAGACCACCACUGCUGUUCACAUACAGGACUAAUUGUUGGCAUAGUAGUUUGUGUAGCUGUUAUAACAGGCAUUGUUGUUAUUUACUGUUAUUUAAAACAUCGAAAUAGGAAACGCACACAUGCACAAUUUUUAAGACCAGCUGUACAUGGACAACCUGUUCCUCUUGUGAAUAAUAUAAAUAGAGGUCCAGCAACAAUAGCAGGACCAGCUUUACCGGGAUAUCCGCCACCAUAUGAAUACAGCUACAACCAACCGCCAAUACAACCAAAGGGUCCACCUCCAGCAUAUGAUGUCGUAUACAGGACAGCAGCUGGAAUAGGUGCUACUCCGAGUAACACCAACGGAGGAUAUCCGCCACCUGUUAGCUAGUGACAGAUGUUUAUAAACUUGCAUUGCUGUGAUUUGACAUUUUAUGUGUUAAUUUCAUAAAUGGUUAUAAUGAAUGAUUUCAUGAAAAGUUCAUUGAUUUGGGAAAUGAAAACGAAAUCUUCAAUUGUAAACGCCUUAGGUAUCGACCAUUUAUAGUUUUAGAGAAUAUAUUGUUUUUCUCUUGACAAACAAGUUUUCAACAUUAGAAAAAAGUAUAGAAAAAAAAACCUUCAAUUGAUGAUUAUGUUUUUUUUAGAGUUUCUCAAUUUAACAAUAACACACUUCUUUUUCACUUUGCUUCAAAAAGGAGACAACAAGUAAAACGACACAAAGUUAAGCAAUAGUCAACAUAACAAUACACAAAAAUCUAUAAAUUAAGCAACACUUCGAAGGUUGAUCUCAGGCCUUCCUCAAUAGGUGAAGCAGUUGUUUAUCAGGGUUGCUUACGAAACAAUUUAUUGUUUAACAACGAUGUUCCCGUCCAUGCCAUUGGAACGGUCGGUACCUACUAUUUUAGUAAUUUUUACGAUAUUUUCUUAUCGUUAUUUCAGUGAGCCAUGAAGGUAAUUGAAAACAAAAAGGCGACUGUCCUAUGGAAUGUGUUAAAUAGUAUAAUUGAAAAUUUAUAUAAGCAGUAAUUUCUAUCCCUGAGUUAUUACUGUUACAUAAUUCCUUCUUGUACAGGACAGUAUUGUAUCUUAUCAAUCAGUAUUUAGUUAUGAUGUUUUAUUUGUAAUUCUGAUUGGAUGUUGUUUUAUAUUUUAUCUUUUGUGGUUUUCAUUUUAUAUUUAUUUUCUAUAUAGACUUUUGUUCAUAUGUAAAAAAAAAUAAAAAAUAAUACAAUUAAUUACACCAUCACUAACAUUAUUCUAAAUUGAUAUGCUUGUUAUUUUUUGAAAAUACAUCAAAUAACACCAUUACAAAAUAAAUCCCGAUUUAAUAUUCAUUUUUUUAGAAAUUUACCCGUGACGUCACUUUUUGUGGCGUAAAUACAUUCGUGUGACGCGCAGUUCAUACUUCUAUUUUGUUGCAUUCUGUACUUUUUUAAACAAAUUUUAGGUGUUCGUUGUUACUCUUUGGUUUACAUGUCAAAAUGUACUAUUGUAUUAUUCAUUUAUGUAUUUCUGUCCUGAGUAAUUUUGCAUUUAUUUGUUCUGUAUAUAGUUAUCAAAGGUACCAGGAUUAUAAUUUAAUAAGCCAGACGCGCGUUUCGUCUACAUACGACUGAUCAGUGACGCUCAGAUCAAAACAGUAUUUCUGUCACGUAAUGUUGUCAUUUUAAGAGUAUUUUAACAUUGCCAUUACAGCUGGAGAUUUUGCUCGUCAUUUAUACAGGUUCACAAUUGUUCUUCAAAAUGUCAUGUACCAAGCCAGAAAAAAUGGCAUUUAUUAUUAAACAUUUCGUUUCUAUGUAUGUAGGCGUCUGUUUUUAUAGCAAUUAAGUGCUUCUGUUUUUUCGUCGUUUUCCCUUGUAUGGUCGGUGUGUUUCCCGCGGUUUUGUUUUGUGACAGGUAUUAGCUCGUUUCUGUUUCUGUUCAUCGGUUGUUUUCUUUGUAUAGUUAAUGUGUUUCGGUUUUAGUUUGUAACCUGGAUUUUGUCUCUCUUAAUCGGUUCAUGAUUUUGAACCGAUGUAUACUACUGUUUCCUUUAUUUAUACUAAAUAUGGUAUUUACUGUUUUAAUAAUGAAUAUUCUUAUGUGCAUGAGAAUGAAUGUGUUGCUCUAGUCAAAGAAGUUAUAUGUUCUUUACAGCCUUAAUAGUUUUGUAUUGCCUUUUUAGAUAUAAAGAAUAUUUUCGAAAAAGAAGCAAUUCGCAGGUUAAAUUAUCAAUCUACUCUGUCAGCAGAAAUGGUUUCUAAAAUUAGUUAGUUCGCACUGUUACACACUAAGGUGUUAAUUUAACUAUCGCAUUUUUUGUUUUUAAUUAUUUUAUUUUUUUUCAAAAACACAUUUCAGCGGAGUAAACAAUUCAAUUCUUUUUUAAUUGUUUUUUUUGAGAAUCAUUUGUCCUUUAAACCAGAUAAUGUUUUGCUAAAACCACAAAGCGUGGACAGUUAAGUGAUUUUGCAUUUUCCUUUACAACUUAUUCAAAUUCUGAUGAAACUUGAUAAAAUAGAGUUUACCACUAUUAAAAUCUCAAUAACGUUUUAAAAAAAUAUAAAUGUAAAAUAUCAAAGGGAGAAGUGUGAUCCAAUUGGACGAUGUCAAGUCUAUUCUAAGACAAUUAUUAUUUUAUUUGUUACAAAGU